GGGGAGGAGGAGGGGAGGCGGGAGAGCUGGUGGGACAGACUGAGGUGGGUGGAGUGGGCGGGUGUUGUGCGUUUUCCUCAGCAAGCGCCGCCGAGCAGUUGCAAAUUUACUCUCAGCAGCGUGGCCAGCCCAGGAGCACCCCAGCCUUUCCCAGGCAGCGACAGCGGUCCGGGAGAAGACAAGACGUCCCUGCCUAUCACGAGUCUUCCCCCCUCAGCCACGGUUGCCGCCUCCGCCGCGGACGCCUGCCUCGCCGCGGGCCCCCUCUGCCCAGUUUGACGGCGCAACAGGACGAAGAGGGACGCAGCCCGAAGGUUCAGCGGCGAGCCCGGCACCGACCUCUUCCCUCUCCCAACAGCACAAGCAGAGUCCUGGGCUGGAAAGAGUCAUGACAGCUGAAAAGACUAUUCCUAUAAUUAAUGGCAAGCCAGAGGAUGCUCUGGACCCGGAAGCCUCAAGUACCAACUUGGUCCACAGCAACGAUAAGAAAGUGCAUGAAAGAGGCCACUGGAACAAUAAGGUUGAAUUUGUGCUUUCUGUGGCCGGGGAGAUUAUUGGACUGGGAAACGUGUGGCGAUUCCCGUAUCUCUGCUACAAAAAUGGAGGAGGUGCUUUUCUCAUACCCUAUGUGAUUUUCUUUAUUUGCUGUGGAAUACCAGUGUUUUUCCUGGAAACUGCCUUGGGACAGUUCACUAGCGAAGGAGGCAUUACAUGUUGGAGGAAAGUUUGUCCACUAUUUGAAGGUAUCGGAUAUGCUACCCAGGUUAUUGAGGCACAUUUGAAUAUUUACUACAUCAUCAUUUUAGCAUGGGCCAUCUUCUAUUUGUUUAACUGCUUUACAACAGAGCUCCCCUGGGCAACCUGUGGGCAUGAAUGGAAUACAGAACACUGUGUAGAAUUUCAAAAAAUUAAUAUGAGCAACUGUUCCCAACAAUAUUUGCAGAAUGCUACUUCUCCAGUCAUGGAAUUUUGGGAACGCAGGGUGUUGGCCAUAUCUGAUGGAAUUGAACACAUUGGGAAUCUUCGCUGGGAGCUGGCACUAUGUCUUUUGGCAGCCUGGACUAUUUGCUAUUUUUGCAUAUGGAAAGGAACCAAGUCAACUGGCAAGGUUGUAUAUGUAACAGCUACAUUCCCUUACGUCAUGCUCUUGGUGCUGCUGGUUCGAGGAGUAACACUACCUGGGGCAUCUGAAGGGAUAAAAUUCUACUUGUACCCUGACCUAUCACGACUUUCUGACCCACAGGUCUGGGUGGAUGCUGGAACACAGAUAUUUUUCUCUUAUGCCAUCUGCUUGGGGUGCUUGACAGCCUUAGGGAGCUACAACAACUACAAUAAUAACUGCUACAGAGACUGCAUUAUGCUCUGUUGCUUGAACAGUGGGACAAGCUUUGUGGCUGGAUUUGCCAUCUUUUCAGUCCUUGGCUUUAUGGCGUUUGAGCAGGGAGUGCCCAUAGCAGAAGUUGCAGAAUCAGGACCUGGGCUUGCUUUCAUUGCUUACCCAAAAGCUGUAACAAUGAUGCCUCUUUCUCCAUUAUGGGCAACUUUGUUUUUCAUGAUGCUGAUAUUCCUUGGUUUAGAUAGUCAGUUUGUGUGUGUUGAAAGUCUCGUGACAGCCGUGGUAGAUAUGUACCCAAAGGUUUUCCGGAGGGGAUACAGACGAGAGUUGUUGAUUCUUGCUCUUUCGAUUGUAUCAUUCUUCCUUGGUCUAAUCAUGUUAACGGAGGGUGGAAUGUAUGUUUUCCAGUUGUUUGAUUCCUACGCAGCCAGUGGAAUGUGUCUUCUUUUCGUUGCUAUAUUUGAAUGCGUCUGCAUUGGCUGGUUUUAUGGAAGCAAUCGUUUUUAUGACAACAUUGAAGAUAUGAUUGGAUACAGACCACUGGCAUUAUUUAAAUGGUGUUGGAUGUUCCUCACUCCUGGCAUUUGCGCUGGAAUCUUCAUCUUUUUCCUGGUGAAAUACAAGCCUUUGAAAUACAACAACGUUUAUACAUACCCAGACUGGGGUUAUGGAAUUGGGUGGAUGAUGGCUCUCUCCUCCAUGGUUUGCAUUCCUUUGUGGAUCUGUAUUCAAUUGUGGAAGACAGAAGGAACUAUCUUAGAGAGAUUUAGAAAGUUGAUUGUGGCCAGCCCAGACCUGAAGAUGAGAGGAAAAUGUGGAGCAGGUGCAUAUGCUGCUACAGUAAAUGACUGCGAUGCCAAACUGAAAGGUGAUGGCAACAUUUCAGCCAUCACAGAAAAAGAGACGCACUUCUGAAAGAACUUUCUUCUUCUUCUUCUGUUGUUGUUUUUUUGUAUAAAUAAAUAAGUAAAUAAAUAAAUUAAAUACUUCACUUAAUUGUAGAGGCCAGCUUGUUUUGCACAACUAUUAACAAGUUAAUUUUAAAGUGAACUUGUAUACUUGUUUAAAAGUGAUUUUUUUAAUUAUUAUAUAAGUAACGAUUAUAUAUAAAUAUAAAUAUAUAUAUAUAUAUAAAAUGAAAUAGAAUUGUUAGUGGUGCCUUGUAAUAUGGUGAUUUCAGUAAGUGUUUUAUAGAUCCUAGAAGGACCUGUAUAAUGUGUUGUAAAACUUUUAUACUUUUGUUUUUUUUAAAAAAGAAAAAUGGUAUGGUAUUGUAUAGCUACACACAUUCUAAUUUGUGAGCAUCUCAGACCAUUUCAGCUUCUACUGUAUGUAUAUAAAGGGGAUUACAAUGUCUCCUAUUAAUAUCUAAGGGAAUUGUCUUUGGAUGUGUAGCUCUGUUUCUGAAUUUGGGCCCAGUCCAGUGAAUGGGUUUGCCAAAUGUCACUAGACUCAAACCCUGGCAGUCCUUCCAUCAGGGUGGGCAACGUUUUUAAAGUUGAGGUCUGUAUUUCCUUGGAAGAAGGUGAAUGGGAACUGCAUACCUGUACUAGCAAUGGGCUAAGCCAACAUCAAAAGUGGGCAGGUAUACCCUUUUUCUUUCAUUCACACAGAUACGUAAGCAUGUACCUGACUCAUCCUCAAUUCAUUCUCAUUCUCUAUUUUUCAUACACGCACCCCUCUGGCUCAGUUCCCAGCACUUACCUUCAUCUGCCAGUGUACCCCACUCCUCCACCACUGCCCCAAUAUGUUCAUAUUCUCUAUACCUUGUGAUUUCUCCAGUUCUGUUGUGCCACAAGUUGCCACUGCAACUGUCAGCUGUCAGUAACAUGCAUGAACCAGCAAGUUUGUGGUGACCAGUGUGGUUGUGAAAGGCACUCCGUCACAUGUGGAUUUUUGAGUGUCAUUCUGAAGUGUGCGCUACCCAUUGAAUUAUGUUGUUGGGUCAGAUACCUGCCUGCUGCCUCUUUCUCCCAUCAACUCUUCUGUUUCUCUUUAUUAUGGGAAUAUAAAAUGGUACAAACACAGUGGGGACAUCAGUGUCCAAACAGAGGGAAGCCAAUGCAGCCCACCAGCCACCCUCCUCUACCUUUUGCUUUUCUACUGAAUGAAGUGAUAAAUAAAUAAAAAAACCAACCUGAAUUGCCCAUGUUUAACUCUGACAUUUUGCAAACAUGCUGUCAUAGGUUUGGAGGCAAAGGGUUGUAUUCUAAGUAGUGCUAAGUAGUGCUUUGUGCAAGCAGAAUGACUUCCGCUUUUGAAACAUGACUUCUUCCUUUUUUGCACUCUCCUCCUUCUGUGCCCACUCCAAAAUCUGUUUGGGCGAUUCUCUCAAUCAUCCAGAGCAAAUUUGGGGAUGCUGCAGACCACACAAUGGAAGAAAAGAGUAGGAAGAAAUCCUGAUGUACAAGUAGAAGUCAUCCCAGUUGCACAUUUAUUUAGUUGAAUACCACCCAAUGCCUUUGUGAACAAUUCUCUGGAUCUGAUUCCUACCUUGCCCAUUGGACGCAGCCCAAAUAACUGACUAGCUGGAUGACAAAGCUAGACUUUGGACCUGCAUGUCUUGAACAGCAGCUCCCACACCUCAUGGAAGUCAUCUUUGAAGCUUGCAGGGGUUUCAAAAGCAGCUUCUAAAAUAUCACGGGGUCUUCUGUUCCAAGAAAAGAAGUUAAUUUAUUUCUAAACAUAAGACAGCUCUUGGCCACUCUUGUAGUUGUUCUGUGGAUGUCCAUUACUUAGUGGAUCAUGUCUUUGACUUGUAAAGCAGGGAAGGCAACUCCUCCUCAUUUUGGAGCAAAAUGGGAAAACUACAUCUCAAUAUCCUGCUUCCCCUGACUUGCUAACCACAUUUGUAGAAGUUAUUUUUUACUGAACUCACUUUAAAAAAUAUUUUUAUAUAUAAAAGAACUAUUAAUAUAGCUGUGACCUUAAUAGAGUUUGAAUUCACAGGUGCUGUAUCACAGGAUUUUUUAAAAAACUUCCACGUUUUAUCUUUCUUUGCUUGACCCCAGUGACUGCUUAAAAUGUCUCACCAUUUGGAUAUUUACAUGUCUUCACAGCGAAAUGUGUAUGAAUUUGUGCAUGAUAUUCUGCAUGUGACAUUGAAAGUGAGGUAUAAUUGGACAGCAGGAGAUGAUGGAGUCAGGCUUUGGUAUCCAUAAGGACUUUUUAAAAGCUACUGAAAGUAAGCAGAUGUUCUUAAAAACAUUGAUGAAUGUGAUAGGGACAAUACAAAACAUUUAUAUGACAUUUUAAUAUAUCAUUGUACUCCUUGUUGUUAUAUCUAUAAUAGCUGCCACCUGGGCCCACUAUACAUAAUUACUAAAAAAAUAGAUUAGAAUCUCAAAUCCAUCCAUAUAAGUAUGCAUGCCUUAAAUGCUUUAUGGAAAAAUGCACCCAGCUACCAGUCAAUCAGCAUGAUUGUGGGUCUAACAGGGCAAGUAGAUUAAAACCAUUUUUAUGAUAAGUAAGCUAUAUUGACACAUUCCGAGUACUCCUGGACAGGUAUCCAUGAUAACAUAAAUCUUCCACCACAGGCAGAAUGCCUUUUGUCUUAAGUAUUUGUGAAACUGAUACUCAUUUGAGCAUAGAAUACAUAUGUAGCCUGUUUUACAAAUGGGAAAUAUAGGUAAUGUGAUUUUAACUUGCACCUGAAUACAAAUAAAAUGGACUUAGAAUUCAGGAGUGAAUGUUAUACAAAGUUGAGAGUCAUUAAUUAUGUUGUUUAAGGGACUGGCCAAUCCAUAGAGUCUCUCAGCUAGGCUACUAGACUCAAAGUAGCUUUUUGCAGUGAAUUUACUUCAAUAUUUAUGGCACAUUUCACCAUGCGUAUCUGUAUACUGUAUAGCUAAAGCACCAGUUUUCAUACUAUUUCUGGUAACAACCUUAAAAUAGCAUGCCACUAUAAAGAACAACCAUGAUGUGUAUUACUUUACAAGGAACAAGUUCUUCAGAAGUGCAUAAUGGGGAGCAACACAGAGACCAAAACCCAUCUACUUUUAGGCUAUAAUCCUAUAUAUAUUUUCAUGAGCGUAGGUUUCAUUGAACUCAAUGGUCCAUAUUCAGAGAUGCUGUAUGUCAUCCAUCUCGCCUGUCAACCUUAUUGAACUAAUUAUAACUAAUGGUUCAAAUAAUCCCUUAACUGCACCUUUGCAGUUUCAUUUCUUCCUUCCAUAGGUGUUAUAGGUUCAGGAAAAAAAUGAGAAGGAAAACCAUAUACUGCUCUUCUUGAAUCUCUUGACCAUAAUAAUUAGUAACAAAUCAUUAUUAUUGGUGUUUUUUUUAUUAUUUACACACUUUGGUUGGACAACUAUCCACUGCUUAAAUCAAUGCACUGACCUUUUCAAGUUCUAGAAUUAAUAAGUAUGAGUCAAAAGAAAAUCAAGCUGUUGAUUUGGAAGGUGACUAUUCUGCAUUUCUGAACUUAUUUUAUUCACUGCCUUAGUUUGCAUGUAACACUCAGUCAAAUCAUGGCUUAGUGUGGAUAAGCAAGUGUAUGGCUUUUCGGAGGAGAUCAUGGCUAUUUUGGUCCUCCCGAAUCGUUUUGCUGCUGCACUGCAACCUAACCUGGCCUCAUGGUUUCACUCUCUCCAGACAAACCAUGAGAUGUAACCCAUGUUUGACCUAUUGUUUGCAGCGUGUGGUUUGUCUCGAAGAGGUAAAACAGGAACCUGGAUUUAAACAACAUGGUAAACCAAACCACGGUUUGGUUUAGUUCAGUGCAGCAGCAAAACAACCAAAAAGGAGCAAAGUGAUUGUGGUCUCUUCUCUGGGAGUCCACACAUUUGCUCAUUUGACUUAGCAUUAUGUGCAAACACAGGGAUGGUCUUCAAGUGAAUCUCUGAGAAAUAUGUGUCUGCGAUUUGUAAGUAUUGGAUGCCUACAAUAAAUAGUUUUAAGUGAUCAUCCUCACUGGAACUGUUCACUUCUAAGAAUUUCCCAAAGUUUGCAAUGAUAUGUUUCAAUGCAUGCGUUUAUUACUGCCACAUCAGCCAGCCAUAAUCCAAAUAAUUUGAGGUAGUCCCCACACUCAUUUAAAUGAAAGCAUCUUUCUGCCAAAACCCUAUAUAGAAGUAACUCCCACUUCCAAAGAGGUGUGGAUAGGAGAAGAUGGUUCAUGGAUAUGGAAUGUUACAUGUGGAAUGUUUUCAUCCAACCAUCCCAACAGGUAUGAUUUAUGGAAUAUGAUUCCUACUCUGCUGCUAUGAACUACUUCACUAAUAGCUUUAUACACAUACAUGUGGUUUGGCAUGGUCUAAAGCAGUGUUUCUAAUUUGCUGUGCUUGUAAAUGUGCACAUUUAAUACUUGACCCAUUUAACACUUGUGCUUUUAUUUUUUUAUUUUAAAGUGUUGGGGAAGGGUUGAAAUUCCUGACUAGUUCUGUUGUUAUUUUUUCCCCCUGGAAAAUAAUAUGAAGAUAAACAACAAUGAUAUUGUGAUUAUUUCUUUUGAUAUGCAGCAGUAAACAAUAAUGCCCUUUUCUGAAGUAUAUAUGCAGUAUUAUUCAUAAGUAAAGAAGAGCCCAGAUUUAUGUACUGUUUUACACAAAGAAUGUUUUUAUUUGGUAUUCAAGGAAGCACAACAUUUUGUCUGCUUAUUCCUUUUUUAAAAAUUAAAGAAAAUGGGUAAACAUA